AUGUACAUAGUGUUUAAUCAUCUAGAAUUAUACUUAGAGAGAUGGAUAAAUGCGGCUACAGUUAUUUAUAAAUGCCUUGAAUAAGAUAAGAGAUUGAGUACAAAAUUAAAAAUUAGUUAUUCUGACUUAAAUAAGCAUCCUAAAUUACAAGUAGACUAAUGGGGUUUAGUAUAGCUUUUGCAAAAAGAUAAAUAUAAAUUUAUUAUGUAAUAACUACUUUGCUUUUUCCAAAGAUUCACCUUCAGAAAACAAGGUAAAACUAAUCUUAAAUUUCAAAAGAAUGAAAAAAUUACUAUCUUUGUGAAUCAAAAGAUUAUGAUGGGCUUUAAUAAAUCUGAAUAGGAAACGAGAUUUAAGGAUACUAAGAACUUGUAUCCUUGUUUGAUGAUUGAGGGUUAAGAAAUCAACAUUGCUGAAUGA